AUGGCCGCCCCUUCAAUGGCUGCUGCCCUGGCAGCCUCGCUACCUGCUGCUCCGGUAGCCCCUGUUCAAGUUGCCCCUACAUAUGAGGCUCUCCCAUCUUCAAUGGCCAAGGUCAUCGAUAUCGAGGCCGAAAUCCCUCUUAACGUUGUUCAAUUAGAUGGUAUGGCUGUCACUAAAAUAAUCAAACACGCGCGAGAAGCUCCUUCUACCACUGCACACGGACUUUUGUUGGGUCUCGAUCUCGACGGCGUCCUCGAAAUUUCAAACUCAUUUCCGCUACCCCAUGCUGGCGAUGAAGCUGAGAAGGCUUCCAAGUCUAUUGCGCGUCAUCAAGCUGCGAUGCUUCGCUCAUUAAAGGAAGUGCAGGCAGACGAUAGCGUGGUCGGCUUUUAUCAAGCAACGACCCUGGGUGCAUUCUUCAACCAAACAUUGCUUGAUACUCAGGCUAUCCACCAAGACAAACUUCGACACGGCGGAAUCGUCAUUGUGCAUGACUUGUCCCAGACUGCAAGGGGCAAUGCAUCAUUUAGGGCAUUCCGGCUAACUGUCGCAUUCCUCGAUGCCUACAAAAGAUCAAACUUUAGCACACCCAGUUUGAUCAGUCACCGACUCACCUUUUCCUCAAUCCUGGAAGAGGUUCCUCUCAAAAUCCGAACGAAUCCCCUGUUGAGUUCGUUCCUCGGAACUUUGACAGAGACCAGGAAAGAACCUGUUCAGGACGCCACAUUACCAUCUGGUUCCGCCCUCGCACCCUCGUUCUCGGUCCUCGAUCUUGGAACAGCGGGAACGACGCGCAACCUGGAGCAGAUUGUUGAAGCCUUGGAAUCGUACAGGACAGAGGAAGGCAACUUGUCGUACCUGAGCCGACAAAUUGCACGAGAGCGGGCAAAGGCAGAGGCAUACAUUGCAAAACGUAAGGAAGAAAACCAGGUACGGAUUGCGCAGGGCUUGGCACCUCUUCCGGAGGAAGACGUGAGCCGAAUGUUCAAGAUCCCGCCUGAGCCGAGUCGCCUGGAGAGCCUGUUGUUGCUUGGACAGAUUGACGGGUAUGCAAAGAACUUGGAGAGCACUGCAAGCAUGGGUCUGGUGAAGAUGUAUGGGGCAAAGGCUGGGAGUGCGUAG